AUGUCUGGCCGGCGCUUGCUGGAUGUCAUUCAAUUACUCAAUGUCUCAAAAACUGUAGCUGGAAAACACCUGGCUAUUCGAAAACAUCAGCUCGAUGUCUACACACGGACUUCCUCCCUCACGAAGGGCAUCAAGGAACAGACGGAAGGACUGAUCCUGACCGCACAAGCCGCUGCCGCUCUCGCGCGACGAUUCAAUGAUACAUCGCCACCUCCCCCAACCUCCCCGUCGCCGACCACCGUCUCCGCCGACCCAUCGGCCGAUUUUGCUCCUAGCUCCCCGAAAGCUGCGGAAAAAACAACCGCCUCCCCCACAUCGGACAACGCGCGCGUCGAGGAACGUCACGUGGAAUCACAGAUUCCCUCUGCAACAGCACAGUAUACCGGCACUGAGAAGCCUGCCGGCUUGAAUGUUAGCCAGCAGCAGGAUGUCUUCUACGAGCCCUCGCGACAGACUACGCCGGACACACCCGCGCAGCCGCGCGUGACAAUACCACAGGCCACCGCAAAUGUCCAAGCUGGUGGAGUGGAGGGGUUGAACGCCGACGUGUUUCACGCAGCUACUGGCCCGGAAACCAAUGCUGCUCCUGAGGUACAGCAGGAGAUUCCAGAGGAGAUGAUGCAGGAUAUUUUCCAAAGCCCACGAGUCUCUCGUUUGCUUGCAGGGAAACCCAAGAUGAAGAGAGACUGGCUUGCAGAGAAAUAUGCCCCUCGCAAUACUCCGCCGGAUGCGAAAUCGGCUGCAGAACCCGAGGCUUCGUUGAAGUCUGAGCAAGAGGAAGCUCAAAACUUGGCUGCCAGCGUCGCCGAGGACGUUAUCGCGCCAGUAGCGGAGGUAGUGGCCGAGGACAAGACCGUACCAUAUCAGAUGUUGGAAUCACGCGUUCCAUCUUCCCGGAUUGGUAGAUUGUGGCAGUAUGGCGGGUUGGCAACUUCGAUGGCCUUUGGUGCCGUAAGUGAGACUGUUCGCCGGGCGACUGGAAGCCAGCAAAGUGGCUCUAUUAUGUUCAGCGCAGCGAAUAUGGAACGAAUGGUGGCGAAGCUAUCGAAAAUGCGAGGUGCCGCUCUCAAGCUUGGUCAAAUGCUAAGCAUUCAAGAUUCAAACAUGUUGCCCCCGCAAAUCCAGCUUGUCCUGCAGCGUGUUCAAGAUCGCGCCGAUUACAUGCCUGCUUCGCAGCGUGACAAAGUGCUUGCUGAUAACCUUGGCCCUAAUUGGCGGGACCUCUUUUCCUCGUUCGACGAGAUUCCUAUGGCAGCAGCUUCUAUCGGCCAAGUCCACUCCGCUGUCCUCAAGCGAACAGGCAAGCCCGUCGCAGUGAAGGUCCAGUACCCCGGCGUGGCAGGCUCGAUCGAUUCCGAUCUGAACAAUUUAUCUAUCCUUCUGACUGCCUCCCGACUCCUCCCUCGAGGCCUCUACCUCGACAAGACCAUCGCCAACGCCCGUGUUGAACUCGGCUGGGAAUGUGACUACAUCCGCGAAGCGGAGUGUGUCGCCCGCUUCCGCGAACUCCUCCACGGAGACCCCGUCUUCGUGGUACCUGAAGUCAUGCCCGAAGCCUCAGGCAAACAGGUACUGACCAUGGAAAUGCUUGAAGGAGUUGCCGUUACCAAGAUUCAAGAUUUCACUCAAGACCAACGCGACUGGAUCGGCACCCAGAUUAUGCGUCUGUGUCUGCGCGAGAUCACCGAAUUCCACUACAUGCAAACAGAUCCCAACUGGACUAACUUCCUUUACAACGCUCACACAAACCGUCUCGAGCUCUUGGAUUUCGGUGCCUCGCGUGCCUAUCCCGAGGAAUUCAUCUCCACUUACGUACGCACUCUCGUCGCGGCCGCUAGCAAUGAUCGUAAAGCGUGCCACGACCUCUCUGUCGAACUCGGCUACUUAACUGGCCACGAGUCCCAGGCUAUGGUCGACGCUCACGUCUCAUCAAUUGUCACCAUCGCUGAGCCGUUCAUGCUCUCCUCGCCUGAUCUGUAUGACUUCCAGAAUCAGACUAUCACUGAUCGUAUCCGGGCGCUUAUCCCCGUGAUGAUUCGUGAACGGCUUGCUCCUCCUCCCGAGGAGACGUAUAGUCUGCACCGCAAGCUCAGUGGUGCUUUCUUGCUCUGCGCGCGGCUCGGUAGCCGCGUUCCUUGUAAGGAGUUGUUUGCCGAGGCUAUCCGUAACGGGGAGCUGAAGGGCUUACCGGUGGGUGAGCAGAAGCAGACCUGA